AUGGAGGCGGCCGCAUCGUCACCGUCGCCGGAGCAGCCGCUGCUGGCACCGCCGCAGGCAGGCGCCGGCGCCGGCGCGGGGCCCGGGAGCCAGCCCGCCACGCCACCGCCCCCGGCGGCGGCGAGGCCGAGCCGCCUCGCGGCGCUCAUCGGGCGCGCGGCGGGGCGGCGCGGGCCGUCGAUGCUGGUGCGCGAGACGGCGGCGCUGCAGCUUGACCGGAGGCGCGCCGACUGGGCCCACUCCCGCCCCGUCGUCGCGCUCGACGUCGCCUGGAACGUCGCCUUCGCGGCGGCCGCGGCGGCGGUGCUCGCGGCCUCCACCGCCGAGAGCCCCGCCAAGCCGCUCCGCCUCUGGCUCGUCGGCUACGCCCUGCAGUGCGUCGUGCACGUCUCCCUCGUCUGCUCCGGCACACGCCGCCGCCCCGCCGCCCCCGCGGGAGGCCCCGACAUCGAGUCCGGCGCCGCGAACGCCGGGCCCAACAGCUCGGAGAGCGAUGAGGGGAACGACGAGGAGGCGAUGGAAGAGAGGGCAAGCUCUACGGACCGUUGUGAGUCGGUCAACACGAUGGUGUCAUUCCUGUGGUGGAUCAUUGGGAUCUACUGGGUGGUGACCGGCGGCGACAUGCUCGAACAAGGUGCUCCAAGACUCUAUUGGUUAACUGUCGUUUUUCUCGCGUUUGAUGUCUUCUUCGCUGUUUUUUGUGUUGUUGUGGCCUGCUUCAUUGGAGUUGCACUGUGCUGCUGCUUGCCUUGUGUCGUUGCAAUACUGUAUGCUCUGGUUGGCCAGGAGGGUGCAUCAGAUGCAGAUAUUGGCAUUCUCCCCAGAUAUAAAUAUUCUGAUCCCAGUGAGAAUGGAGAAAAGGGAACGGACGAGGGGGUUAUGAUUCCUAUCCUUAAUAAUAGUGGAACAUCUACAAGCGAACGAAUUCUUCUUCGUGAGGAUGCUGAAUGCUGCAUAUGUCUCUCAUCAUAUGAAGACGGAGUGGAGCUAUCUGCCCUCCCUUGCAACCAUCACUUCCACUCAACGUGCAUUACGAAAUGGCUACGAAUGCACGCAAACUGUCCACUUUGCAAGUACAACAUUCUCAAAGGCAGUGAAAACUGA